AGGUGUCAAUCUUCACCCGUCUGGCCAUCUGAAUGUGAUCAGUGGCUGUUUAAAAGGCUCCGUCCGGCCGUGAGCUCUGUUUGACUGUGCUGCUCAGUUAAUGAUGGUGUGUGUGACUCUCAAUGUCUUGUUUUUAAUGUUAAGUCUCUGUUCUCCUUCUUUUAUAAACACAGAAGAUGUUAAUGUUCAAGAAAAGCUGUUUUUAAGCUCCAUGGGUCUCUCAAGUCGACCCAAACCGUCCCAUCAGGCUCCAGUGCCCUCUCUGCUGUGGAAGAUGUUCAAGAAGAGCACCAAACAGACCUCGACGUCCCACAGCGACCCGUGCCUGGUGUCCGAGUACGGAGUCCGAGGAAACAUCGUGAGGUUCAUCCAGGAUCAAGGUAGUCUGAUAUCUGCUCCGGCCGUCCACUGCUUUAACUGUGUGCGAAAGCAUCUGUUUUUCAACAUGUCGGUGCUGGAGGAUGUUGAGCAACUCUCCUUCGCGCAGCUGGAAAUGAAGUUCAAACAGGACCUGGCUCACCUGGGACAGCACGUGUUCAGCGUGGACCUGUACAGGGUUUUAAGAACCACGCUGAAGGGAGUGACACACGAGUCCAGCCGUAAAUUACUCCUGUCUCAGUCGCUCGGGCCUGGUGCGCACGCUUCAGUGCUGGUUAAUCUGACCGACCUGGCUGAAUCCUGGAGGAAACCAGGUAAGAACUACGGGAUGCAACUUGAGAUGCAGCUCACGCAUUUGAGCAACACGCUUCAGGAGCACGCGUAUGUGAAGAGCGCCCAAAUCCCAGAGUUGCACACGUCUCUGGUGGUGGUGUCGUUGAACCCGCUUCAGUGCAGGUCCAGAAGAAAGAGAAGCGCGGCGUAUUACUUACCCGUGACCCCCAGUAACGUGUGCAAACCCAGGAGGCUUUACAUCGACUUCAAAGACGUGGGUUGGCAGGACUGGAUCAUUGCGCCUCAGGGAUAUUUAGCCAAUUACUGCCAUGGCGAGUGUCCUUUCCCUCUGAGCGAGAGCUUGAAUGGAACCAAUCACGCCAUCCUGCAGACGCUGGUUCACUCGUUCGAUCCGAAAGGGACGCCUCAGCCCUGCUGCGUUCCCAUCAAACUGUCCCCCAUCUCCAUGCUCUAUUACGACAAUAACGAUAAUGUGGUGCUCAGACAUUAUGAAGACAUGGUGGUGGAUGAGUGUGGAUGCAGAUGAACUCGCAUCUUUCUCAAACAUUGAUUAAAAUGGUUAAUGGUGCUUUAGAGUAAGUUUAACUGGUUUUUAGACAUUGAGGACAGUGUGGGAGAAUGUUUUACAGGCAGACUGAGCUGUUACAUGUUCAAAAUAAACUUUGUUUUAUAAUAAAUUGCUUUUUCCCCCUCAAA